UGUUUCAGAACCAAAAAGGGAGGUGUAUCCCUCUCUCACUCUCCUUCUCUGUCCCCUCCCUCCCUCACUCAACCACCGUCAGAGCCUGCGUAGUCUCUUACCUCGUCUGUGCUCACACACGCUUAACACACACAGCAGUGAUGGGAUAAGAUACGACGCAGGAACGUGCAGUCCAGCGCAGUGAGGGGUGUUUGUGGAGGUGGACAGCCAGCCAAGUGCGUGUCAGACUGAAGAGAGGAGUGUGAGCGAGCUUCCAUGAAUUCUUGCUGGAUGUGUUUUUUUGCUGCAGUGUAGCCUGAGGAGAAGAAGACAGAAGACAGCAGAGUCCUGAAAAUGUGGAAUCUUGUCUUCAAAUAACAUGCAAGGAUCAGCACCCAUAAAGUGAUACGUCUCUAAAUGACAGUUCUGCACUUGACGAGGACACGAUGACAUACAGGCCUUUUGGAAAUACUGCAGCAUUUUUGUUCCAUGUUUAAAUAUGAAAGUGGAUGGAUUAGAAAUUAGAAAUCCAGAGGAAAAAAUUGCAAACACUGCUGCAUGGAGAGAAUGGAUUGGACAUUUUAUCAAAUGUCAGUAUAGUGUAUAUAAAGGAUUAAAGCUGUAAAGAGCCCUGUUUGCUGUUUGCAGCAAGAAGAACUACAGAAAAAGCAAAUGGGCAAAUAAAACUGUGCGUCACAGAUCAGAGGAAACUUGUACAGAGUGACUGACCCUCUGCUUUCACGGCCCAGAGAUGAGUGUCUCUCAGCCCACUGAUGAUUUCCCUGUCAGGGGCAAAACUGGAUCUACCAUGAGGCUCCCUCUCCACAGCGCAGGAGACCACAAUGGAAACGCUUUCCCAAUUUCCUCUUCCUCCUCCUCCUCCUCUUCAUCCUGUCUGGGGGAGUCAUCUCCUGAGUCACUGCGGAGCCUGAGCAGCCUCAGCGGGGGCCGGACUGACAGCCCACUGGACUACGACAUGUUUGAGGUCACCCUGAUGACGACAGUGAUGACCAAAACGGACCAAACGACAGAUGUUGUCAUUUCAAAAUGGGUGCCAGAGGAGGAAAAUAAACUGGAUGAUGAUGAUGAUGACGUCUCGGUAGGAAAGAUUCAAACAGCAACAGAGCUGACAGAAUCCAAUGACAACUCUGUGUCUGUUUACCUGGACGCAAACAGCUGUGAAUACCGCCAAGACACCUGGAAUGAUAAUGACACCCUGACGCUGGCUCUGUCCCUGACGACAAACAGCGGCAGCCAUGACAAUAAUGAUGACCUCAGCAGUGGAAGCAGUCAUGGGAGAAGGCAUGGCACCUCAACUCCAGACUCGGACGCAACAGAAAUCCCUGCUGAUGAUGAUGACGAAGAGGAGGCUCUGUUUCUGUCUGUGAGCUCUGACAUGGGGGUGCGAAGAAGCAGCGUGACCCUCACAAGCUCAAUCAGUCAAUCCAGCGACAGCCAGAUGAACCUUGCUGUGACAACUGAGCUACAGACAGAAGGGACUGCUGCUGUGAAUGUAGCUGAUGAUGAGGUGGUGUUAGAAGAGCUUGGAGUCGACUGUCCUCCUGGUCUACCUGUGGAACGCCAGACAGAGCCUCCUGCUUCUGAGGACCUUUGUGAAACCACUCAGAUAUCUUCCUCUGCUCCAUCUUCCACCAAUCCAGGUCAAGAUGCUGAGGAAGUCACAUCUCCUCCACCUGAGGAAGUGAAAAGACGUUCAGUGGAUUCCAAACCGUCCCAACCUAACACCAGUCAGCCUGCCAGAGCAGCAAAAACCAAACCAGCUGCUGCUACUUCAGCUGCUUCCAAGACAGCAGCACCCACAGCCAUCAAACCAUCCAGUGUGGAGGCAAAGAGAGUUUCUAAAGUGGACCUAAAAGAUUUUGAGGCCAAAGGUAGAUCACGGUCCAACCCGUCUCCACCUAAAACACCAAGCCAGAACAAAUCUGCUUCAGCCAAUGGAAAGAGAGCUGUUCUUAGGAAGGAGGAAGCUCAAACCGGGGACGGGGGUAAAAAGCAAAGGUCAUCCGCAGGUCCAGUCAAAGUGGCCGUGUUGCUGAAACCCUUCAGAGGAAAGAGCACUGAUCCUAAAACCAACCACAAGCCAGCAGCCAAUGACUCUGCUCGGCCAGAGAGGAAGAGUUUGGCUGUCAGUCGAAUUCUCUCUACGUCAACCAGCUCUGUGGGGUCUGAGGUGGUUGAGGAAGGACCCCCGGGCUCUCCCAGGAAGGCUGUCCAGGAAGUGCAUGAUAAACGUGAAACAGGACACGGAGGGGUGGAGAAUAAACAUCCAAGUGAAGAUGCUCAUGAAGGUUCUGGAAAGGCUGCUGUGGAGAGACCAAGGAAUCCUAUUAGGAAAGUCUCCUCCAAGCUGGGGCCCAAUGCCAGGCAGCAGGGAAGAGGCACCAGAGUGGAGAAGGGGCCCUCGGGGCCGGCUCCACCUCCGGGGUCAGGGACUGGACCUCCAGGACAGGGGAGCCCCGGGCCCAGGCAGAGUGAUGGCUCCUUGUUGGGAGAGGGUGAACAGAGCGCCGGGGGUGGAUCUCCAACGAGAGUGAGGCAGAGCCAAAGUCAGUGCCAGGGUAUCCCCAAACCUCGCACCACCACAGAGCGAGCAUCUGUCUCGGCUGUCCCAGGUCCCGCAACGUCCAACUCCAAACCAACAGCCAAUCAGCAACCAGCAUCGGGGUCAAUCAGACGACCUGCAGCACCUGCCGCUUCCAAACUUCCAGUGAAGGGAUUACCCACAAGCCUCAGUUUCUCAUCAGUGGGAAGCAAUGAGAUCAGCGGAGCCACGGGCAAAGCUUCUCCAGCAUCUCCAGGAGCUCCACCACCAACAGGGACCAAGCCAGAUGAGCAACCCAGCAGAGGCUCAUUUCCUGUGGGCAGCCCGAGCACGGCAAAGCCCUUCGUCUCCAGCCCAGCAGCUCCCAGCAGCGCCAAUGCUCCCAGUGACGCAGUAACCACUGGUGUCACUGCUGCUCCAAAGCCUCCUGCAAUGAGGAGCAGAGCUCUGUCACUGCAGGCCAGGAGCACUGCCACAGGUCUGAAGGCCCCAACUGUCACCAACCACAACACGGCCAAGACAGCCGCCGCCAAUCAAACAUCAGCUAAAACAGCUCCACCUGCCAAUCAGGGGCCGACAAAGCAGGCAUCCCAGUACCCCUUGCAAAGAAGCGGCUCGGCGAGACUCAGUCGGCUGAACAGCACAGUGGACAAAAACAAGCCCCGGGAGGCACCGGCAAGACCCACAAACACCAACAGCAGCUCGCAAGUAGCAGCUCCUGCAGGAGGGAACAACCAGAAGAAGCAGCAAGCUCCACCUGACCUGGUACCGGAUGUGGUGAAUGGUAAUACACCAGUACCAGCAGCUCUCCCAGCGCCUGCCACUGAUACCACCAACACUGGGUCAGGCACCACCGGAGCCCCUGCUCUUGGGUCCAAAGCAAAAACUGGGUCACGAUCCAGCCCCAAAGCAGUAUCCCGCCUGCAGAAUGCACCCAAGCCAGCAGCAGCCGGGGCGGCUGUGGCCGAGCGGAUGGUCACAGCUAAACAGAACCAGAGCAAAGAGCAGGCGGAGAAGAAGAACCAAGCCAUCAUCCAGCUGAGGAAGCUACUUGUCCAGGGGAAUAAGAGAGUGGAGGCUCUGGCUACAGUCAUCCAGCAUCUCUUCACUGAGCGCGAGGAGGCCUUGAAGCAGAAGAAAGGGUUGACGCAGGAGCUGGCAAACCUCCGAGAAGAGCUGGUGGUAUCGUCACAAUGCUGCGAGCGUCUGGAGAAGGGGAAGGAGGAGGUGCGCGUCAACCUGGAGGAGGCCCUGAACAAGCUGGAGGAGCAGCACAAGGAGGAGCUGGUGCAGCUGGAGGAAAGAUUGAGGAGUUUCUACCAAACAGAGUGGGACAAAGUUCACCAGACGUACCAGGAGGAGGCUGACAGAUACCGCAUGCUGAUGGAACAGCAGGUGGAGGAGCUCAGGAGCCAACAGGAAGCAGAGAGGAAGAACCAGGAAGUGAGUCACAGCCAGAAGAUCGAGUCUCUCAUACAGCAGUACGAGGCCUCCACAGAAGAGCUGAAGAGGCUCCAGCAGGCCGACCUGGAGAACCUGAAGAAAACACUGAAGGAGACAGAAGCAUCUCUCUCUGAGAAAAUAUCUGAGCUGUCGGCAGAGAAGGAGGCUCUGAAUGAGAAGCUGAAAGCGGAGGAGGAGAGGAGGAAGCAGAUACUCAGUGACAAGAAUCUGAAGGACUCCCACACAUUGUACCUGGAGCAGGAGCUGGAGAGUCUAAAGGUGGUGUUGGAGAUCAAGAACAAUCAGCUGCACCAAAAGGAGAAGAAGCUCAUGGAGAUGGACAAACUGUUGGAGACAAAUGUAAAGCUGGAGGAGUGUCUGACGAAGGUCCAACAGGAGAACGAGGACUACAAGGCCAGGAUGGACAAACACGCUGCUCUCUCCAAGCAGCUGUCCAACGAACAGGCCAAACUCCAGCAGACGCUACAAAAAGAGUCCAAGGUCAACAAGCGUCUGUCCAUGGAGAACGAGGAGCUGCUGUGGAAGCUCCACAACGGUGACCUGCUGGCGAGUCCCCGCCGCCUCUCACCCACCUCUCCCUUCAGCUCACCUCGGAACUCUGCCUCCUUCCCCACAGCGGCGCCCUUAUCGCCCAGAUAACCCCAACCAGAGCAACCCCUUCCUCUCCUCUGACCUCCUGCUCCUCUUUAUAACCUUUACAAGCCUUGCAAAGAUGUUCCAAAUGCAGAGAGAGACUUCAGUUACAUCAGUAUUGUUGGAUAUUAUUGAUAAACUUGUACAUUUGGAAUUAACUGCAUUGAAGACACUUAUUUUGAAAGCAAAGACAUUGCAGUGGCACCGAUGCACUUAACUUAUGGGAGCGGGACUGGCCUUGCUCUUUACCAAACGCCUGGUUCUCCAACAAACCUUUCUUCUUUUUCAGAAGGAAACGUAAAUAAGAGGCACACCUCAGGGUCUGUACAUGGCGCCUCGCUCUCGUUAUGACUAUCUUUACCUGUUUUUUUUCUGAUAUGUUGUACAGUUUAAGUUCAGCUCGUCCUGUUCUUUUAUACCGUUUUUUUCUAAAGAGAUGGAUGAGAAAAAAACCUUGGAUUUGUGGCGGAUGGAGGUUCGUGGGAACAGACUCAAGUUGUUUGGGUUUGGCAAAUCAUAAAAGAGACGGGCACGGCAUGGAUUCUUUUGCCUUUUCCCUUCUUUUAAAGAGGAUAUUUUUUCCCCAAAGAGCGAAGCUCAAUCACGUAUCUGCUUUGGACCUCUGGAACAAGUGGAUGAACUCGAUGUCCUUCAGUGGGCAAACAGGAACAAAUACUCAGAGUGUCCACCUGAGGAACUGACCUGUAUUACUGACAUGAACCUUUGAUCCGAUGGAUAUCUGUUCUUCCUUGUAAGCUCCUCACAACCUCUACCUUAAUCUACUAUGUGGAAUGUAAUCACCCUUGGAUGUUAAAUCUGAGCAGGCCAGUUCAGAGAGAAGCAACACACCAUCUCAGAGCCAAAUAUGCAGAAGGAGUGUGUUGGCCAGGACAGUGUUCAACUCCGACCCCUUUACUUUUUCCUUUUAAAUCUCUAAAUAAAGGCAUCGACUCCCCUACAUCCUUUAAAGUCACCUUGAGCCCAAACAGAAACAAAGCUGAACUUGUGGCUGAUCAGUUAAUAUCUGUCUUUGCUUUGGGUCGCAUAUGAAAUCACCCGUGAUCAUUUCCACAGAGAAAUCUCCCAGACUCUCCUUCACUGAGCGAUAACUGGCCUUUGUGUUACUGAAUCCAAAUAAAAGUAUCACUUUGUUUGUCUGGUGUUUGUCCUGAAAAAACUCAGAUGUACCCAAAUUGCCUCAGUUCACCGUGUUCUGUUUUAUUUUGGACAUGGAAUAAAUUCAGUAUGACAGAUCAAA